AUGCCCUCUUUCGGUCGCAUUGGCAAGCAUAGCAAUCGUUCCCAGCAUAACCUGGUUGAGCAACAGCAACAGCAACAUCAUCAACUCCUGCUUCAACAACAGCAGCAGCAGCAACAACAACUUCAGCAGCAACAGCAACAGCAACAACUUUCUUCGCACCAGCAACAGGUGGCGGGCAGUGGAGCUACUGCACCGCCCCAUCAUCCUCUUCAACAACAAACAAGUGGUGCUACCACAUCUACUACUUCUCUCUCUUCUCCUGCUUCGGGGUCUGUGACAGGACCUAGCCCUUUAAACGGAGGUCGUCGAGUAUCUGCUGCUGGUGUCGCUAUUCCCGUGACCGGCCAGUCUCUGCCAGUGUCAGUGGCCGUCGCCGAGUCUAACCCAACAACUCCGUCAGCCUUGUCAACCGGCCUUAGCUCUAGUGAGUCCUUUCAACAACAACGAUUACCACCACCUCCACCACCACUAUCAUUACCGGCCGAUACUAGGGCUGCCCAACCACAAACACUGCAACAAACUCCACAUACUUCACCACACCAACUCCAACACCAGCACCACCAUCAAUUAAGUGGCCAGCUGCCCAUCCAGCCUAUCCAGCCCGCCCAGCCUCUAGAAGUGUUCGGAAACAAUCCAUCUAAUAAUUUACCCACUAAUUCAAUACCCCUCAAUCAAGCCUCCGCUGCUUACACCGCGCGACAGCAGCCCCACGAUAAUUUCGCCGAAUUGGUUUCGCGCUCCCAAUCUGCUAGAUAUUCCCAAUUAAACCCACUGCAGACCCAACACCCAUUCGGUCUCUCCUCUAACUCGGUCGACAACCUACCUCAGACCGUCUCUUCUCCUGUCGUUCCUCCCAGCCAGCCACCCGUCCCACAUAGCCAAACGGCCCCCACCGAGACAAAGCGAUCAGCUCGCAAGCUGAUCAAGAACUUCAUCGCCGGUUCUUCUUCCUCCAACAGACCUACUUCAGAUCACUACCAGGACGCGUCCUACGACAACGGCUCUGGUCUGACCCGCCGACCAUCCAAGAGGGCUAGCAACACACCUGCCGUUAGAGGAGGCUCUUUGUUGUCGCGGCCUAUUGACCAUCCCGACUGGGUUCCGCCCCCAAGUGCUGGCUCACGCAGCCACCACCACUCACCUAUCCAACCUGUACGCGACCUUGACGAUCCUUAUUAUACCGCCUAUUCUAACCAAGAUAUGUUUUCACAGAACCACCAAGAUCUACCGCGGAAUACUAUUAGACAAGUUCCUAACGAUCCCGACCCCGAUCCUGAUACGUCACCUUACAGCCGCGAAGACCUCGCUUUUCAUCAACAACAGGCUAUCGUCCAGCACCAAGCUCAGUUGCAGGCGCAAGCGCAUGCCCAGGCCGUCCAAGCCCAAGCACACGCUCAGGCGCAGGCGCAGGCACAUGCACAAGCCCAAGUAGAGCAGCAGCAACAGCUAUACGGUGGCCAGAUUAUUGUCGACCCAGCACAGAACCAGUACCAGUACACACCUCCUUACGAGCAAUAUCAGACAGGAGAUAGGCGUCCGUCCCUUUUUACUGGGCAUCUAAGUGCGCCAAGUCCGCAGCCGCCAAACCCAGAAACAGUCUCGCAGGUGUCACAUGAAUCGCCUGAUUCCGAUUCAGACUAUCAACAUCAACAGCAACAGCAACCACAACCCAACUCAAGACUUACACACGAUUCACCCGCCGUGAGUUUCUCGCAGCAGGACCUACAAAGCUCACAGAGCCAGCAACAAUCGGUGUCAACGGGACAGACCCCGAACAUGGCACCACCACCCGGAGGACCUGGACAAAGCCGCAGAUCGGUAGACCACGAUAAGCAAAUGCGCUCCGUUGAACCUCCUCCCGGCCCCCCGCCUGGCUAUAGACAUAGUCAGGGGCCUCUAAAUGCGAUGAAUCCCCUUCCACCUACGCCAGGUGUAACUGGCGCGCCACAAACCUAUCGCACGAGCGGCGUGCAAGACCGACCGCAGUUCGAUGGGCCUGGCCCCGAGGGUCGAAAUAGUCCCCAACCCUCAAACAGUACAGAUCGAGAAGCUGAUCCGGAGAAGCUUUCUAAAGACAUACUAACUAAGUAUAAGAACGUCAAGAGGCUUUAUUUCGACGGCAAGUCUCAGAUCGAACAGUUGACUGCUCAAGUGGAGCAGUUACAAAAUGCGGUUGCGAACCAGAGAAUGUCCCAGUCUCGGACAGCGCUCGACGACAGCGAGUAUUCAACUCGGUUUAACAGACUCAAUGGUGCGAUCAACAACCUUUCCUUCAACAUUCGUAAGGACUGGCGAACGCUACCUGGUUGGAUAGAGCGAUACGUGAGCCCGGAGGCUAUUCAGACAGGCAAGCAGGAGAUGACGGCGGUCGGACGAGCCGUAAUUAUUCGAUGGAUAGUCGAAGAGAUUUUCAACAAGUGUUUCCAUCCUGGGUUGGAUAUGCACCUAAGCUCUCAUUUGAAGCAAAUAGAGCAGAAUAUUCGCAGGUUUUCGUAUACACUGAAUAGUCAGGAGGAGUAUGAGGCUUUAACGGCUAAGGUUGUCAACUGGCGAAUGGCUACUCUGGAGGGCCUCCAACACAUGCUACAAGCGCCCGAGAGCGCCGAAUACCGCACCGACUUCACUAAGAUGGCCACUAGUAAUCUGACUGCGACGUUGUUCCAGUACCUGACAGAUCCUCCCCCAGCCGGCGUAGACGGCAGCGCAUCGACGAUCGUCGAGUUGGCGGUAGGCAUCGCGGCUAACCUACCCCUAGAAAGCCGAGAUGUAGCUAUCACAUACCCCCUACCAGGAGACCCGAUACACCCCGACACCAUGGAGCAGGAGAAGACAACUUUGCCUCCGCUGCCGGAGCCGAUCGAAGACGCCGACGAGGGCAACGACAAGGAUGGCGACAAAGCGAAGCGCGAGAAGUCGUCAAAGAGUGGUAUGUUAACAAUGCUUGGCGGGUCCUACCCGUCCAGCAGGAAAGGCAGCGCGGCUUCGGUCCUUACUGACACCACGACAUCGGCAGCUGCAGCAUCAUUAUCACUCCCGCCCCCCAAAGAUCCUAAAAAGGUUCGGUUUGCAGGUUUCGUCGCGGUCGAGGUCAGGGGAAGACAAGUCUUGGUCAAGGCUCCCGUAUGGAAUCUAGGUUAA